AUGUCUACCGCCGCAGGUACUCCUCCCCCCCCUCCCGGACGCGGUUCGGGCCCUCGUAAUGGCUACUAUACCGAUAAGUCGGAUCGCUGUUGCGCCCUAGGCGAAUACCUAGUGGAGGGUAACUCCUCCGACGAGGAGUUCGCACCUCCGGAGGAGGUGUACGGAAUGUACCUCCCUUGCGUUAAUUGCCUUCGCAACGUCUACAUCCUGGUCGAGGCCCGCCCUAAGGUCGGGGCCGUACCGGGCGCUUGCGCCGUCCUAUCGCUUGAGUUUCUGGCCCUGGGCCGGGUUUGGGCUUGCACCCUGGCUUUGGCCGAGAUAGAGCCUGCUCCCGUGCGCCCUGCCUAUACCCUCGCCCCCGUACCGGGUGUUGUCUCUCCCCCCGCCGCUGCCGACAAUAACGACGACCCGAACCGCACCCUUAUCCUUGCUGCCAACGCCUUAACCCCGACUCAAGCGGGUAGCCGUUCCGGCGCUGUACCGAGUAUGCAGCUCGGCGUAUUUGCCCAGGGUAUAGCUCGGGCCCUAACGGGCAUCCAGAGUAACGUAUGCGGCCUUGCCCGCUGUUAG